AUGGGUGGAGUUGAGUUUGAAGGCACUGUUGACCCUAUAGAUGACGAGCAGUGGUUGGAAUGGAUUGAAAGAGUAAGUGUACCGAAUGCCAGAGCAAAACCUCCUGUUCUUACUUGGAAUGAUUUUGUGAAAGAAUUUUAUAAGAAGUAUGUCCCACCUACUUAUCAUGAUUCAAAGAAAAAAGAAUUCUUAAAUUUAGAGCAAGGAAGUAUGUCUAUCGAUGAAUAUCAGCAGAAGUUUCUUGGGCUUUCCCGCUAUGCUGUGGGUAUUAUUAAUAAUGAAAAAGAUAAGUGCAGGCGAUUCGAAAAUGAUUUGAAUGAUUCUAUCAGAAAAUCUGUAGCGAUCCUACAACAUGAAAACUUUUGUAAAUUAGUUUCAAGUGGUCUUACUUGGGAAAGGAUCGACAAAGAACAAGCUGGUAGAAAUGAAUACAAGUUUAGGAAAGCUUAUGCAGAUUUAGGAGGUCCAUCAAAAAGAGGGAGGUUUGACAGUUCCAAAGCUAAUACUUUUUGCAAGUUAGCCCAACAUAAGCAGAAUAGAUCAAGUUUCUCUACUGCCAGCGCUCCAAGCUAUGGCCAAGGCAAGACUCGUAUACCUACUUGUACACAAUGUGGAAAGAAUCACUUUGGUACCUGUAGAUGA